AUGGACUCGGCGCCAGCCUUCGCCAUGGACAAGCCGUUCGCCCCCAGCGCCGUGCGCGGCCCGGAGCCUCCCGAAAAUCCCCAAAGCCGGAAAAACUUCAGCGUGAGCCACCUCCUCGACCUGGAGGAGGUGGCGGCCGGCAUGAACGGGGGCCCCCCCGCCGGCCCCCCGCCCGCCGGCGGCGGCAAGGCCAUGCCGGAGCCGUCGGGAGGCAGCAGCGGCAGCGAGGCAGCGCCCCAGGACGGCGAGAGUCUGAGCCCGAGCCGCGGGGCGACUAAGAGGAAGAAAAAACAGAGGAGGAACCGCACCACAUUCAACAGCAGCCAGCUCCAGGCUCUGGAGAGAGUCUUUGAGCGGACACACUACCCCGAUGCCUUCGUGCGAGAAGAGCUGGCGAGGAGGGUAAACCUCAGCGAGGCAAGAGUCCAGGUCUGGUUUCAGAACCGGAGGGCCAAGUUUCGCCGAAACGAGAGGGCAAUGUUGGCCAAUAGAUCAGCUUCACUCCUCAAAUCCUACAGCCAAGAAGCAGCCAUUGAACAGCCCAUGGCCCCACGGCCCACUGCUCUGACCCCAGAAUAUCUCUCCUGGACCAGCACUUCUCCGUACAGCACUGUGCCAUCCUACAGCUCAAGUGGGACCGCGACACCCACCCAAGGAGUGAAUAUGGCCAACAGCAUCGCCAGCCUACGCCUCAAAGCCAAAGAGUUCAGCCUGCAUCAGAACCAGGUGCCAACUGUGAACUGACUGGGGCAAAAUACCCCUGGUGCCCUCAUCCAAGAUAUCAGUGUGGAGCUCCUGUGCCGGUCUAGAACGAACUCAGCGUCCGCCCAACCCAAAUGCCACUCAUCCAGUGUCUCAGCACUUCUCCUUUCCUCUUCCCUUUUGAAGGUAGAGUCAGUCCCAGUCCAAAGUGGCACAUAAUUAUGGACACAUAUGGAGCAAACUUGGUUAGAAACUUGCUUUUCCACACACCCUUAUAAUAAAGGCUAUAUAUACACACACAUACCCCCCGCACUCUUCGAGGAUAAACACACUUGCCAAGUUAACAAGAAUUUGCUUCCAAACAUGGAAGGAUCUUGGACUAUUGGUUUUGACCAAUUUGGGUAUCCUGCCUGGAGAGCCAAAGAGUUAUUGGGUCUUCUCCUCCCACAGGGACAACAGUCAGUGGUGGGAGGAUCACGACACUGCAAGAGGCUGUUGUAUAGAGCCCCCUUUCCUCUGGGCUGUCGCUGCACCGCGACUGUGCAGCAAUCUGACUUGCGUUACUCAAUAGCGUGGCUGAAGCACGUUCACCGAUUUGUACAUCACCAGACUGCAAUGCUUGAGAGAGACUUUUACAAGCCAAUGAUGCCCCCUCUGCAGUACAUGUCCUUGGCUGUCCCCCUGCACCACACUGCCUGCAUUUAGGAGCUACCUGUGUCAGCACAGAGCAGUGCUGUCAGGCUUUACCUGUUCCCAGAGAGGCGAGGACAGCUGGAGCAUCUCGAAACACUCAAUCCAAGCCUGUGAGCUCUCCUGCUAGCUGGGAGGGCAUGAUAGUGCUCCAAACAGACCCUGUUGCUCUGAGUCGAUGAAUUUGCCAGCGAUUCUGCAGAGCCCCAGGUCAUUGAACCGUCCCAGGGAAAGAGAAAAUUGGAAAAAGCUGUUGGUUUCAGCUGAGUAGGCGGCUCCCAGCACUUCGUGCCAACGGCAAAGCAGGCUUCGUCUUCCGGAGGCACAGCCUCCCCUUCGGCAGCUCCACAGAUGUGUUUAGGAGUCUGGGGCUGGCAACUCGAUGGGUUUUUUUUUUAUUAUUAUUAUUAUUAUUCCAGAAAGGAAAUGGCUUCCUCAUUCCCCACCCCACCACGUAGCUGAACGAAGGGGCUCUUGAUUGCAAGGUGGGAUGUGGGCACUUGGGAUCAGCACAGGGCCUGGGAGAGUCCUUGGUGCCCUGCUCUGGUGGGAAAGGUUUAAAAUAGCCAUGCUAGGGAAAGGGACCUGGACCGAGGGCCCUCAAGAGUUUCCCACCAUAUGGGCAACCUCACCGCAGUUACGCCACCCGGUCCUGUAUCCAACACACAUAGGGCUCAGCUGCAGAGAGAAGAGCCCUCAGCCUCCAUCCAUUCUUGGCCCUUCUGCUGAGGUUGCAACCCUCUGCUUCACCCAAACAACACCUGCUUGGAUUGGGGAAUUUACCCAAAACCGGAGGCCAUUUCGCUGAGCUGAGAUGCUCAUGCGUUUCAGCAGCUGAGGGACCUGGCCCCUUGGGUGCUGCUGCCAGCAGUGCCACCCUGGGCUGCCCCAACCUCCACUCCCAUCUCACUAGCAUGAGGGGCCAGGGGCAGAGAUGAGAGAGGAGCGUGUGGCCCCUCCACUGUGGGCUGAAGCUGUGCCUGGGCGGUCACACAGCCCCCAACACCAGGCUUUGCUGCUCCACUGAAUGCAAACUCAUCACAGUCAGGAGCAGAGCUCUCCUCCCCAAGUACUGUGAUGGUCACUGACCCCUGUGAAGUACUGUGAAGUACUGUGACCAGAGGGGAUGCAAUGGACACUGCCCAUCCAAUCUAGGUAGAAAAAACAUCUUGAAUACCCACACUGUACCCCUCACCCCUGUUUCCAGGGCUGGUUAUUCUCCUGGCUCUACUGAGUUGGACUGCAAUGGGGAGGAAAGGGGAGAUGAAGAACCCCAGAGAGCUGCAACCACAGCGAGACACGACGCAGAGACCUCACAACAGCCAAGAUGCACCAAGCUGGGGAAGAAACAGAGUCACUGCAGAUCAAAACAUUCUCCAUGAGAAACCCCACUUGGGGCAGGAGGAGGGGAAUGCAGGGGUUCCUAUUCCCAUGGAAAGCACAGGGCUCUUUUUUCACUUACACAAGAUGAAACCACAGGGAUAUAAAUGUCAUUGCCUCUUUGAGAGCAUUAAUGAAAAUAAACCCAUUUAAUAGUUUGCAGAUGCCAUUUCUGUAAACCUAAAAAAAGCAGGGAAUAAAUAUUUCUUCACUAAGUAUCUAUAUGUAUAUAUAUUUGAAAACAUUCACGCCUAAUCUUAGGGCCUCUCCUUUGCCAUGCUCUUGGCAACUUAUCACAGAUUGUCAGUGUCAAAGUCUCGCAGAGAUGAGACACAAAUUGCACCCAUGGAAGGAUAUCAGGAUGGAGGGAUUAUUGUAAUCUAAGCUCACUCCCUCUCCUUUUUUAUUUGUACAUUGCAAUUACUUGUAACAAGAUCCAUGAUGGAUUUUUUUUUUUUUUUUUUUUUUUUGCAUGUCUAUGUUUUGGAAAUUUUUGUAAGGUUUUUUGUAAAAACAACUCUUGUGAAAUAAUGGAGGAAUAAAUAU